UCAUGCAGCCAAGCAGGGGCAGCCUCUCUCUCUCUGUUUCCCAGCACUGUAAGUCCUCUGCUCUUUUCCUUAUGAGCAGCAGGAAGAGAAAAGGGAUGGGAGGACACACAGGGGCUUCCUGCACCAUCCGUAGAACAGAAGCUGCCGGUGCGGCUGAGAUGGUCCCUUGAGCUGCACAGCCUGCCAUCGCUCAGCCCCCCAAAAUAAUCCAAGACAGCGCUGCUCACACAGCCAAGAUGGUGGGCUGGUGGGCCAGUUUCACACCCUCUGCUUAACCGUCUCAACAGGAAGAAAAGAGCUAUGCAGAGAUGCCCCCGGUGCCCAUCUUCUUGUUCCUGAUCCUUAGCCUGCCCGGCAGCCUAUCAUGCCCCGCAGGCUGCGACUGCCCCCCAGAAAGUGGCAUGGUCUGGUGCAAUCGGAGGGAUCUGGUGAUGAUCCCCUUUGACAUCCCUCACGAAGCCCACAUCCUUUACCUGGAUUCGAACUGGAUCACUCAUGUGCCAAACGGCGCCUUCCACGGCCUGAGGCAGCUCCGUGAGCUUCACUUGGCCGACAAUCUCAUCGAGAGCAUUGCUCCGGCCGCCUUCCGGGGCUUGGGCGCGGGGCUAAGGCUCCUGGACCUCUCGGGCAACCAACUUCAGAGGAUGGAGCCGACCCCAUUCAUCAUGUUGACCUGGGUUCGCCUUGAGCUCUACGACAACCCCUGGCAUUGCGACUGCCCCCUCCAGGAACUGAUGCAGGCCCUUCCCCUGGACGCCGAGACGGUGGAGGACAUUGUGUGCGCCACCGCCACUUGGGAGGAAUAUGCUGGCAAGACACUGGAGCACCUGCUCCGCUCUGGCGUCAACUUCUGCCUCAGCCAGCAGAGGAACACUGACCUGGCCAUGCUGCUCACCAUGUUCUGCUGGUUCACUGUCGUCAUCACGUACGUCAUCUAUUACGUCCGGCGAAACCAAGCCGAAUCCCGACGCCACCUGGAAUACCUCAAAUCGUUGCCCUUGCCCAGCAAGCAGUCUAGCCCAGAAGAGGAAGAAGAGGCAGAAGUGGAGGAGGACGACACGCUCAGCACCAUCCUUUGAGGUCUGCACUGACCCGAUACCAUAGAACCUGCUCUGUGAACUAGAGAAUGUUCUCCUUUCAAAGAAGCCUUGUAGUUUUUUGUUUUUGUUUGC